AUGGAACCAGUGGGACUAGCCGUUGGUGUCGCAGGCCUUGCUGGCCUCUUCAGCACUUGCUUGGAAGCUGUCCAAAGGGUUGACUCGUACAAAAACUAUGGCCGCGAUUCUCGUUCCCUCGCCGCGCAGUUCGACGCCGAUAAGCACCGAUUCGAGCAAUGGGGCCAGGCCGUCGGCAUCAAAGACGGGAAGCUGUCCGAUGCCCACCACCCCGCUCUCGAUGAUGCGCAAAAGUUGUCGAUAGUUCACAAAUUGUUGGGCAGCAUUCAAGAUUUCUGUAGCGGUGCAGACGACACCAUCGACCAACGGCCUGCCCUAGCAGACGGCGAAUUCCCGACAAACAAGCUACUCUCUACCCGGCUAGCCCGGCCACGUCAGGGCGCGCUGACAGAUUCAAAGUUGCGGCAGGCGGCUUGGGCGCUGCACGGGAAGGCAAAGCGCACAGAGCACGUCCAGAAGUUUGCGACCCUGGCGAGUGCAACAGAAGUGCUGCAGGAAAACCUGAAUUCAACGAUCUAA